AUGUCCGACCGACCCACUACACGCUCCAACACUCGUACUCGGACCAGCACUACCGAGAGUGAACCAACCACUCAAGAACAGGCUCAAGUUCUGCCGAAGAGAAAGACGCGCAAGGAUCUCAAAGCAGAAGCUCAGCAGCGUGUUGAGGAGCAAACCAAGGAUAUAGAACAAGCCAAGGACAAGGUCGCCGCUAUUGAAGCCAACAUGCAGAAGAGGCAGAAUGCCCCGCCGAAGCCAAAGCCGAAGCUGAGAACGUCGAAGAUGCCAUCUACACAGGCAACAACAACUGGUCAGCUGGGCGGAGGCUCGCUAGUAGUUGACAAGCCUACCUCUGCUUCAAUUGUAGUGAGGCCUGCUAGUGUCGUUGAGCCUACCAGCGAAGCUCAGGCCAGUGAUCUAGAAGUUGGCCGUGGACCGAAGGGAAGGAAGACAAGAGAUGAGCAAACAGCGAUGCGUAAGGACAUCGAAACUAGACGCAAACAGCACACCAUGGAGAACGAGGCAGCCCUCCAUCAGAAGCCAACCAAGAAUGGCAACGUGAAAGCCAAUGCUAUCCAACCGAAGACCUUCCAGCUCAAGACCAUUUCCCGUGUCUCAAGCUGGACUGCACGUGUCCCCACUGAUGCUCGGUCUGGGCUCACCACCGAGUCUUCUUGUCCUUGUUCUGUGGUCUCGACUUCAAGCAGAUCAGCCCUCACAGCUGCCACUUCAAUUUCAUCAUCGUCUUCUAAAUCCGCCGCAUCAGAAUCUGUUCAAGUCUCCGUUGCAGACCCAAACACCGCCCAGAACAAGGUAGCAACGACACCGAGGAGGUUCCCAGCCUUCGCGAUGAUGUUGACGCUGGCAUCAUCGCGCAUGAGCGAGAUUUUAUCGGAGUUCAGAACCGUCGCAUCCAAGAGGCGCCAAUCCUCGAAUGAAGACCUUGUCCCUACAUCCACACAGGCUCAGGCUACUCCGCCCGAAAACCAGCCCGUUUCCCUCAAGAGGAGCCUCACCGAGGCACUUGCCUCUGAAGAUGAAAAUGAUGAGACCCUCUCAAAGGAGCGGCCAUAUUUUGAGGAGUCCCCUUUUGUCCCAGAGGAUGCUGGCGAUAGGACCAUCACCAAAGAAGCCGUGGACCCCUCCGAGAACCAGGACAACAACGUAAACAGCGCCAUGGAUGAAGACAUUGGCCCCAAGGGGUUGGAGGGAAACGAAGAUGAAGAAAUGGACCAGUGCGGACCUGACGGUGGUGAGCAGGACGGGCUCCAAGAGACAGUCACACUGGCAGCCAGCCAGUCGGAGCUCAACAACGGCGCGAUGGACGAGCAAAGCCACGACCAGGGCGGCGAUCCGGAUGACGCAAUGGAAGCUGAGCUAGAGGACCAGAGUACAACUUUAUCUUCCCGCGACGAAGCCCCGGGUAUGCGUACAUCUGACAGCCUCCCACACACGACUCAGACGAUGCACGCGAAGGCAUCAACGACGCAGGUCCGUCCCCAGAAGCGCACAAAGCACACGCCAAAGCCCAUCAGCUCCACCACCCUGCCACAUAUCCAACAGUUAUCCUCUUGUCGACCGGCUUCCCACCAAGUGGCCAGCGCACCGGCUUCUUCGGGUGCCGCCGACACUGUCAAAGUCAACGCACCCAUCAAGGGCAAGAAGUACUGCAUGGACGACCUGCCACCCGGUGCUCGCAACGAACAAAAAUUCUCAGGCAACUUCAUUCCAACCGUCUGCAUGUACUACGGUGCCCAAGAUGCCGACCUUGUUUGGAAGGACGAUGGACUCGCGGAGUUGGUGAAGAAUAUCUGGCGCGUGGUAUAUGGUUAUGCCAUUCCUCCCGAGUACCUUCCAGCGGUCACUGUUGACCGCCUAUACCUAUGGCGCAAUAACUUCAGCUCUACCGCUGUCUCCGCUCUCCUUUUUGUCUUCUCGGGCAGUGAUGUCACCGAGGAGGAGGAGCGCCUCGCCUUAUCUCAGCAGCUCCACACCCAGAAUGCCUUUAUUUACGAGAAGUUCAAGGAUGGGCAGCCCUUCGGGACAUUUCUGGCCAUUCAGGGCUUUGUUCGGGUUCCCGGUUUGGCACAUGUGCAUGAGCCGGAUUAUGUUCCGUCUGGAGCUGUCGCAUUGGCUGCUGCAGCUGGCAAGCUUGGGAACGUUGGCGGUGCACUGGAACGCACCAUUCGCGCGGGAUGCUCUGCCAACAGCGAGGGGUUCGCUAAGGCGAAGAAAUUCAUCGCGCAAGCCAAUGCCAGUACCAAGGGGCCGAAGAAGCCGAAGAAGGGCAAAGCGAAGAGGACCAAGGGCAAGGAGAGGCAGCCCAUCGGCAGCAAUGCCAGCGACAACGAUGACGUGGCCGAGGCUCAACCUCAAGUCACUGCCUCCGAGACUCCCGCUGCGCCCUCUCCCCCCACCCCGCUUCCCUUCUCGAAAGACCACUACGGCAAACUGGUCAAGAAGUUCUACAAGUACGCUCUCGACAUGGGCGCGGAACGCAUCAUCGAGGCGUUCACCGCAUCUGGCGAGGUCAUCCAGCGCGACGAUUCGGAAAGCGAGGAUUUAGAUGUCGACGACGCCGAGGGAUCGUCCGACGACAAUUUCCUCGUGCUCAAUUCUAGCUCGGGAGCAGGGCUCUGUAUCUUCUACAUAGGGUUUAGGGGGGACAAGCGAACUAUUGGUGAUAAAAACAUCUUGAAAGAUGCGCCACUAGCAAAUAUUUGA